CCAGCUGGCCAGCAGAGGGAGGCCUGUGGUCUGAGUCUGCCUUAUCUGCGCCACACCACGAGUGCAGCCGCAGACGGAGAGGAACUCCUUGAGCAGAGCUCUGACUUCUGACACUGUCGGCUUACACAAAAUGGAGGACUUGACGUGGGAAUGGGCCGAGCGCCUCGCUGUGGACUACGUGCAGGGCAUCCUGCAGCCUACGCCCACCUGUGACACCUGGGAGCAGAUCUGGAACUUCCAAGCCCGGCCUGACGACCUCCUCAUUUCCACCUAUCCGAAAGCAGGAACGACUUGGACACAGGAGAUAGUGGACCUGAUACAAAACAAGUGUGAUGUUGGCAGAAGCCAGAGAGCACCAACCCACGAGCGCUUCCCCUUCAUCGAGUGGAAGAUCCCGACCAUGGAGUCUGGUUUGGAACAAGCCAAUGCGAUGCCCUCACCACGGACCCUAAAGACACACCUUCCCAUCCAACUGCUGCCACCAUCCUUGCUGGAGAAAAACUGCAAGAUGAUCUACGUAGCGAGAAACCCCAAGGACAACAUGGUGUCUUACUACCAUUUCCACAGGAUGAAUAAAGCCCUUCCGGCCCCAGGAACCUGGGAAGAGUAUUUUGAGAAUUUUCUGGCUGGGAAAGUGUGCUGGGGCUCCUGGUACGACCACGUGAAGGGAUGGUGGGACGCCAGGCACCAGCACCGCAUCCUCUACCUCUUCUACGAGGACAUGAAAAGAAACCCAAAGCAUGAAAUUCAGAAGCUGGCAGAAUUUAUUGGAAAGAGCCUAGACGAUAAAGUUCUGGAUAAAAUUGUCCACCACACUUCCUUUGAUGUCAUGAAGCAGAACCCAAUGGCAAACUACUCAUCGGUUCCAACUGAAAUCAUGAAUCAAUCAAUUUCUCCAUUCAUGAGAAAAGGGGCAGUUGGAGACUGGAAGAACCACUUCACGGUAGCCCAGAACGAGAGGUUUGAGGACAACUACAGGAAGAGGAUGGCUGACAGCAGCCUGGCUUCCCGCUUCCACUUCUCAUGAGGAAGAAAAGAACCUCAGCUCGAGCAGUAGGAUGCUCACUACCCAGGCCACAAGCCAUUGGAUUCAGGUGCCGGGCUAGUAUUGCCUGUGUUUGCUUUGCUCACUCUACAAAAAACCUUGUAACCAGCAGGAUUUGUAAGUAAUCUAAACAAUUCAACUCAAUUUAAACAUAAACACACCCAACGAGAGAAAUUCAACUAGCCAAACUAAGGAGAGACAAAAAUUAAACUGAAUUACUCUAAACCAAACCGUCUUUCAGUGUGUGCCUUGCCCAAGUGAGUUAAGUGAUGUUUACUUUAUAAUUUAUACUCACUUGUACACUUAGGUUCACACAGAAGCCUGUACAUGAAUGUUUAUAGUGGCUCUAGUCUUAAUCACCCCAACAAACCCAAAUGUCACGCGGUUGCUGAAUGGAUAAAUAAGUAGGGCACAUCUGUACAGUGAACAUCACUCAGCAACGGAAGGGAACAAAUUACUGACAAGUGCGACAACUUAAGUGAAUCUGAAAGGCAUCUUGCUGAGGGAAGGAUGCCGGUCUCAAAAGGUAACACACUGCAUGUUCCCAUCUCUAUGACACUGGUGGUGAUGGAGAACAGACGGGGAUUGGCAGAGGUUAGGGAUGGGAGGAGCGUCGGCCACAGCGAGUAUUUCGGAGGAGUCCCAGGGGUAAUAAAACUGUUCUCUAGACUGAUCACACCAGUCUGCACAGAUUUUAAAAUUCAAAGAACUGUGUGCCAAAAGGCAAGGCAAUAUUUCUGUACAUUAAUUGAAAAAAUAAAAUGAAGGGUAGGGAGGACUAUAGUCUUCAAAAA